AUGCCGGAUGAUGAAUUUGCCUUACUUAAUAGUGAAGCAGCAGUCAUGUAUAUGUUUGGGAUGUUUAGGGAUGAACCAUACAUUCAUAUCUAUGUUGGAGAGGUAAAUGAUAAUGGGGAUGUAGAAAAUAAUAAUGGGAAUCAGCAAGAUGGUGUUGAAGCUGUAGGUAAUAGCAAUAUAAAUGCUAAUCAGGGAGUUGGGACUGGUAAUGAUGGUUUAGGGGUUGGUGGGGUGAAUGAUAAUGUUGAACCAGAGGUUGAUCAUGAUGUGAAUGAAUCAGAAACAGAAUCUGAUGACUCAUACACACCUGAAAGUGAGCAAUCUUCUGAAUAUGACUCAGAUUUUGAUUAUUUCUUAGAUGGGGACACAUUAAGUGAUAACUGUGAUAUUGGUGAUGAUACUACUGAGGUAACUAGUGGGCUGGAUAGCAAUAUUAACUUAGGACAGUACCAACAAUAUGCUGAAUUAAUUAGUGGUGAUUAUAGAGCCUUUGUUGAGGCUAGGAAAGAGGGUAAGUUUGUUGAGCAUGAAAAUAUUGUUGAUGCUGAAGUACUUGAAACUGCCAUUCAGUCCUCUGAUGAUGAAAAUAGAGAACAAUUUCCUGAAUUUAAUGAGGAAAGAGACAUGGUUGAUCCUAAAAUUGUGGUAGGCCUCAUUUUCCCAACCACACAUGUGUUUAGAAAGGCAAUUCGAAUGUAUUCCAUCCUUAAAGGUUUUGAGUUGAAGUUCCAAAAGAAUGAUAGUAACAAAAUCAUUGCAAUAUGCAAUAGAGAAUGUGGUUGGAGAAUAUAUGCGAGUUAUUAUAGAAAAACUAAAGCAAUGCAGUUGAAGAGCUUGAAAGGUACCCCUCAUAGAUGUCCUUGGUCUUAUAAGAAUGUUAGUGCAAAUUCAAGAUGGUUGGCUGAACACUUCAAAAAGGAAUUGGCUGAUGAUCCUGACUGGAAACUUAAGGGAUUUCGAAAGACAAUUAAAAGAAAGUUCAAAUUAAGAGUUUCUAGAUGGAAGGUGUAUAGGGCCAAGAAACAUGCACAAUCUGAAAUGUUUGGGGAUCAUAAGAAACAAUAUGCCAGACUAAGAGAUUAUUGUGCAACUAUUAUGCUGAAAAAUCCUGGUUCUGCAGCCUAUGUUAUGACAGAAGUUGUUCCAGCAUCUGUCAAUCCCAUAUUUCAGAGAAUGUUUGUUAUGUUUGGGGCACAAAAGGAUGGUUUUAUAAGUGGUUGCAGACCAGUUAUAGGUUUAGAUGCUUGCCAUCUCAAAGGAAGACUUGGGGGACAUCUAAUGCAUGCUGUUGGGAGGGAUGGAAAUAAUCAGAUGUAUCCUAUAGCAAUGGCAUGCGUGGAAUCUGAAUGUAAGGAAAGCUGGCAUUGGUUUCUAGAACUUCUGACUACUCAUAUUGGAUCACCAGUUGACAUGAAUUGGGUGUUCAUUUCUGACAGACAAAAGGGUCUGGUUGAGACAUUUGAUGUGCUGUUUCCUGGGGUGGAACAUAGGUUCUGUGUUAGGCAUAUGUAUGCCAAUUUCAAACUGAGGUUUAAGGACAAGGCACUUAGGGAUAUCAUAUGGGCUGCUGCACGAGCAUAUGAGACAGAUGGAUGGUCACAAAAGAUGAGAGAACUCCAGGUUGCUAAUAGGGAAGCUUAUGACUGGUUGAGUGCUAUUCCAGCUAAUCUUUGGUCAAGGUGCAUGUUCAAUCCAAGAUCAAAAUGUGAUCUUUUGAGUAACAACGUUAGUGAAUCCUUCAACCAGUAUAUUAAAGAGGCAAGGGAGGAGCCAAUUUUAUCUAUGUUUGAAGCAAUUAGAAGACUGAUUAUGUGUAGAUACCAAAAAAAGAGAGAGUUCAUAUCUAAGGUCAAAGGAAAAAUUUGUCCAAGAAUCCAUGAUAAAGUGGAGGAAAUUAAGGCACGAGCAAUGGAAUAUGAAGCUGUUCAAGCUGGUCAAGGCAUAUGGGAGAUCACAGGCUAUGCAGGGCACAAAGUUGUUAAUCUGAAUGCAAGAACUUGUACUUGUAGAGAAUGGGAUAUAACUGGUGUUCCUUGUGUACAUGCAUGUGCAGCAAUUAUAGAUUCUGAUCAAGAACCAGCAGACCUUAUCCAUCCAUAUUAUAGUAUAGAGUACUAUUGUAGAGCUUAUAAGGGUAUGGUAGUUCCUAUUCCAGAAGAGGCUCUAUGGGAUGAAAGUGCCACUCAAACAAGAAGGGGAGGAGGUACAGCCCCUCCAAAAAAUGUUGGUGGAAGACCGAGAACGGUUAAUGUGGACACACAGAAUGUUAAUGUCAAUAUGACUGGUGGCAAUGGAAGGGGUAAUAGAAGGGGCAGAGGUAAUGGUAGGGGAGUGGAAUCCUCAAUUAGAGGUGGGGCAAGAGGGAAAAGAGGGAGAGGUGAAUUUUCAGGAUGUCCUCCACCACUUUCUGGAUUUGGAAAUUGGAAUGGUGUUGGCAUGUCUGAUGGCAGAAAUUUCAUCCCAUCUGAUACGGUGGCAAGGAUGGCCAUGCAAUCUCAUAACACUUCUGAAACCCGGACAGUUCAAAUGUGGACAAAUGACCCCCUGACCGGAGGCUCACAAUUGAGCACUAAUACCAAUGCUAAUGAGGGUAGUAUACCCACUACUCAGAUCCAAAGGCAUUCAACAAGAUUUGGUGAUGUAUUGUUCUCCAGUCAAUCUUCCAGCACUAGGACUCGUGUGCAUCAAGACUCUCAGAUACCACCUAAUGAAGAUGGUUAA